UCCGGGAGCCCGAGUGAGGAGGAGAGUCCGAUGUCGCUCCUGACCCACAGGGGCCGCCGGCCCGAGGGGGCCCGGGGCUGGGAUCGGGAUGGUACCGGGGGCCCGGGGGGGUCUCCCGAGCGGGGCGGCCCGGAGCUGGACCGGGACCGGGAGCAGGAGGCGGACGGAGACGCCAAGGAGCUGAGGCUGACCCUGAUGGAGGAGGUUCUCCUGCUGGGGAUCAAGGAUCGAGAGGGCUACACCUCGUUCUGGAAUGACUGUAUCUCCGCGGGACUGCGAGGCUGCAUCCUGGUGGAAUUAGCCCUGAGGGGGCGAAUACAGCUGGAGCCCCCCACCCUUCGCCGCAAGAGUUUGCUCAACCGCAAGGUCCUCUUCAAAUCAGACGCUCCGACCGGCGACGUUCUGCUGGACGAGGCGCUGAAGCACAUCAAGGUGACCGAGCCCGCCGAGACGGUGCAGAACUGGAUCGAACUGCUCACCGGCGAGACGUGGAACCCGCUGAAGCUGAACUUCCAGAUCCGGAACGUGCGGGAGCGCCUGGCCAAGAGCCUGGUGGAGAAGGGGGUGCUGACCACGGAGAAGCAGAACUUCCUGCUGUUCGACAUGACCACCCACCCGGUGACCGACGGCACGCUCAAGCAGCGGCUGGUCAAGCGGCUGCAGGACGCCUUCCUGGGCAAGUGGGUGCGCGAACCGCAGCGCAUGGACAAGCGCCUGCUGGCCCUCGCCCUCCUGGCCCACAGCUCGGACGUGCUGGAGAACGCCUUCGUGUCGCUGACGGACGACCAGUACGAGCUGGCCACCAGCCGCUCGCGCGAGCUGCUGGAACUCAACCCGGACGUGGAGUCCGCCAAGCCCAACGCCAACGAGAUGGUCUGGGCCGUCAUGGCCGCCUUCACCAAGUAGCCUCUUCUCUCCCCCCCCCCCCCCCACCUCCCCACUGCCCUUGCGCGCUCUUGGCCGCCUCCGCCGCCCGGUGGCAGGGUGUGGGAUUGCGGGUCUUUGGGUUUUUUUUCCUUUGCGUUGGUGCCAUUUUGGGGGGAAGUUUACCUCGUGCUGAUCGUCGUCUCCCCCCGCCUGGAGGAGGAGUCUGGGAUUGCUGGGGGGGUGCUUUUUUUUGGUGCUGGGAGUGGGGCCAAGUUGUUGGUUGUAGGGGGGAUGGGGGGCAUGGGUCGGGUUCUAUUAAUUACACAACUAGUCCGGGCCCCCUCCCCCCCCAUCCCCCACACACUCCCCUCCCUCGUGCUGGACCGAGGGACAACCUGGGGCGGGGUAUAAUAUAAGAACAGAUUUGCCUUGCUAAGCCACUUGAAGGCUUCUCUUUUAUCUCUUUUUGUUUUCCCUAUCACCAACUUGCGCCCUCAUCCCCCUCCCCCAACUAAACCAAACCCUCCUCCCUCUGAGUUGACCAUCCAGCAGUUGAUGUCAACUAGGGUGGUGGCCAUCUUUGUUGCUGGUGUCACCUGGGAUGGUGGCCAUCUUUGAUGCUGGUAUCACCUGGGAUGGUGGCCAUCUUUGAUGCUGGUGUCACCUGGGAUGGUUGCCAUCUUUGCUGGUGUCACCUCAGAUGGCAGACAUUUUUGAUGCUGGUAUCAUUUCGAGUGGUGGCCAUCUCUGAUGCUGGUGUCACCUCAGGUGGCAGACAUUUUCGAUGCUCGUGUCAUCUGGGGUGGUGGCCAUCUUUGUCAUCAACUGGGGGUGGGGGGGCGGCCAUCUUUGUCGUCAACUGGAGGGCGGCCAUCCUUGUUGUCAACUGGUAUGGCGGCCAACUUCAAUGGCAACACUACAAUUCUCAGGCGUACACACAUCACCCUCCGGCCACCCUUCAUGGCAGGGUGCCAUAGUGCAGAGGCCGUAUAUCAGGACCUUCCUCUCUCACUCCGGUGAUGCUUCCCCUUGGACCUUGCCCUGUCCACCCUUUAACGUCUCGGGUUGUGGGGAACAAUGAUUAAAACGCUUCACGUUUCGCAGCGAAUCCCCAUCUGAUGCCUUACGAUGAUCCUUCCUGUUGAGUGAGGUGCCAUCUCAUUACGAAUGCAGAUUUUUCUUCCUUUGUUUCUCUCUGUCCUUUCCGGUAGAAAUGUCCCAGGACCCUGAGACGGCAUCUGUGUCGGUUCAAACAGGGUCCGACUCCUCAUGUCCAUCUGGAACCCUUGCCCCCACCCCCUCCAGGCCCCCUCCCCUCUCUCUGUCUCUCUCUCCCUUCCUUUUUUCUUCCCUUCCUCCCUCUUCCCCUUCCUCCCUCUCUCUCUCCCCCCCUUCCUCCCUCUCUCUCUCUCCCCUCCCCUCCCUCUCUCUCUCCCCCCCUUCCUCCCUCUCUCUCUCUCCCCUCCCCUUCCCCUCUCUCUCCCCCCCUUCCUCCCUCUCUCUCUCUCUCUCUCUCUCUCUCUCCCCCCCCUUCCCCUCUCUCUCUCUCCCCCCUUCCUCCCUCCCUCUCUCUCUCUCUCUCCCCCCUCCCCUCCCUCUCUCCCCCCUUCCUCUCUCUCUGUCUCUCUCUCUCUCUCUGUGUGUCUCUCUCUCCCUUUUUUUCUUCCCUUCCUCCCUCUUCCCACUUCCUCCCCCUCUCUCCCCCCCUUCCUCUCCCCUUCCUCUCUCUCUCCCCUUCCUCUCUCUCCCCUUCCUCCCCCUCCCUUUCUAGCAUCCUCUGUCUGCCUCUCUCUGUGUGUCUCUCUCAGUUCCUCCCCCCGCCCCACCAUCUCUCUCUCUCCCUCUCUCACACACACACACACACGCAUUUUCUGGGCUAGCCUCACCUUCCCUUCCCCCCCCCCCACCCUCGGUUACAGCGGUGAGUGCAGGGGGUUGCUGGUGGUACAUCCCGAAACCCGUUCACUCUCCCCUCGGGAAGACCCCUGGGGUGGGGGGCGCAGUAACUACAGCCUGCAGCUGAUCCAGUCUGGGCUGGGCUGGGGGAGGGAGGGGGGAGAGCUGUCCGCACUGAGACCCCUUCGACCACCCCCUCCCUUCCCUUCCCUUCCCUUCCCACACCACAUUCCAGUCGGCAGCUCCUGACGGAGCGCUGACGAUCCCAUUCCAGAGGGCGGGAAGCUUUGAGCGGUGUGGGGGGGGCUCGACCCCGUUUGGACCCGGGUGUUUCUGACAGCUGUUUAGGAAUGUUUGUUCCAUUAACGUUCACUACCCACCAAUCUUUCAGUAGUUUAUAAUGUAAUCAAUGACGCUGCAUCAAAUAAAUCUCGAUUAGUUUAA